UUUUGUUAACAGGUACUAUAUUUUAUUUCAUAAAAUGUUCCUUUUCAUUAUAAAAACGGACAUGAAUCCUUGAGGAUAACACAAUUAACUCUUGUGCUUCUAUGAUGUAUAAAAUACACCUUGCAGAUGCUGAAAUGUGCUCACAUUCAUGACAACAGUGGGGGGGGAGAAGAGGAGGAAGGCGGUUGGUGUCGAGCUCCAGCAGCGGCGGUGGGGGGGGGAGAUUUCUGUACAGGUGUCCUGUUUUUUUUUUUCUUCUUCUUCUUCUUCAUUCUGACACCUCGGAGACAAGAUCCGACUAUAAGCAGCCUAACACUGCUAAGGAGGAAUCGAAGCAGAUAAAAAUAAUAAACGAUCCGCCUUGAAAAGAGCCGCGGCGGAGAAGAUCUGCCCGUCUGGAUGAGAGACCCCCGCUGGGUGAAGACACGCCGCCGAUGACUGGAGCCGAGGCAGGGAUGGAAACCGAGCGCAGCGCAGAGGAGGCGGCAUCAUCAGGCAAAUUAUCGCCUCGCUGAUCAUCUCAACGCGUUUUAUGCAUCAGUAACAGAUUAGCGGCUGGUGAUAUUUUCUGUCCGCUGGAGGCUGGGACGGUGGCAUCUGCUGUCGCCAAAUUCCAUUUUUCAUUCUGCAGAUGUCGGCUGCGGGAAGGAGGAGAAGGAGAAGAAAAUGAAGAAGAAGCGGCCUGUUUUUGUCGGGUGAAGCCUUCGGGGAUUAAUCACUGAUCGCCAUGAACGGCGAAUCAGUGUGGGUUAUCUUCAUCUGCUCGUGGAUAACUCGCGUGGGCAGCUUUCACGCCUUGCGGGUGAUGUUGUCACUUUGGAUGAAAUACGUUUAAAAACAAUGUGAGAUGUGUAUUGAAACCCACUGAAGAAGGAAUACCACAGCAGCAGAUGGGCUGGUGUUAGGUGAUGAUCAGUAUGGGACUGACCUGACUUUGUGUCAACACUCUGCUGGGUGCCAGCUGGAAGAUGUCAUCCUCCCAGGCACCUGGUUUGGGCUCCAAUUUCACUGAUGAUCCCCUGGAGUAUGGCUUCACACUGUCCAGUCAGGACCCAGCCUGGUCCUCCUUGGCUGACAGUGUGGUGAGGGUGGUGCUCAUAUCUGUGAUUGUGUGCCUCUCUUUGUUUGGGAACGUGGUCGUUCUCCUGGUUUUCCAAAGGAAGCCUCAGCUCCUUCACGUCGCCAACCGCUUUGUCCUCAACCUGCUCCUGGCAGACCUCCUCCAGACUGUCUUAGUCAUGCCGUUUGCCAUUGCGGCCGCCUUGCCGGGUGUGUGGCCGCUGGAUGCUCGGCUGUGCCAGGCUCUGGUGGUGCUCAUGCACCUUUUUGCAUUCGCUGGAGUCAACACCAUCAUUGUUGUCUCAGUAGAUCGCUACCUGGCCAUUAUCCACCCUCUAUCUUAUCCGACCCGCAUGACCCCACACUUAGGCACCAACCUGAUCAUUGCCACCUGGGUGCUGAGCGUCUUGCAGAGCACACCCCCUCUCUACGGCUGGGGCUCCAUAGAUUUUGACCGUCGUUACAAGGUCUGCACAGUGGUGUGGUCCUCCAGCUUGUCCUACUCUGCUGUGGUGUUCACCUUUUCCUUUUGGCUUCCUGUGCUAAUCAUGCUUGGAUGCUACUGGAUGGUGUUUAGAGCUGCUAGGAGACAGAAUGCGUUAGUGCAUCCCAUUCAGACGCAAUCAUACUCCCAGCCGUGCCAGCAGGAAUUUCAGGGCCCCACCAGUCCGCAGCAGCUUUCUUUACCCCAGCAGGCAAGUUCACCUGAGGGCCCCUACACAGCCCGAAGACACCCUGUUCGAGUUAAACACAGACGGUUCCACUACCACUGCAAGGCAGCUCGUGUAGUGUUUGUCAUCAUGGCUUCAUAUAUCUUCAGCAUGGGUCCCUACAGCAUUCUCAAUACCAUUUCAGUGAACACCAGAGCCAAUGUGCCCCCGUGGUUGUCCUCCACUGCCCUUGUGCUCUUCUUCUUGCAGUGCUGCCUUCAUCCGUACAUUUAUGGCUACAUGCAUCGCAGCGUGAGAAAAGAGUUCCUGGCUUUGCUUUACGGGAUGCUCUGCAAGCAGGGUCGUCCACGUCACAGCUCCACGGUGGAGGGCUGCUUCACCUCGACGGAGGGACAGCCCAACGCUCACCCUCACCUCCCCAGUCUGGCUGCUCGAGUUUUCCCCAUGCAGACUUGGGAAGAGUGCACAACGUCCUCCUCUCCUACUUGUGAGAGGAAGUCAAGAGACAGCCGCAGAGAGACCACCUCUACCAGUUUCAGCUCAGAGAGAGAGCUUCCUGUUCACGGCCAGCAAAGCUCAUGAUCUGCACUGCAAUCAUCAACAAGGAAAUCUUUAUUCCUAUGUGAGGAGUUUCUGUGGAUGGGAGGCGAUAAAUGUGGAUCUAGCCUGCUGAGCUUGUAAGCGGUGGUACUGAAUACAUCGAUCGUUUGAUGGUUUGUCUUAAACGGAAAGUGCAGGAUUUUUGAAAUUAGGUUUCCUUAAAAUAAGAAGAUAAUAUUUUAAUAGCAGUAGGUAACUCUCUAAACUGCAGCAGACUCCUACCGUCUUUAAACAGCAAAAACAUUUAUGUAAACAGUUUUAUGAACCUUUAAAUUGCUCUAAUGUUGGUAUUGGGUGGUUACUUUCACAGAAACUGGUGCUUACAGUCUGUUUGAUUUGUAUAGGAAGUUGAAGCUCUGAUCUGGGUGAAGGCAUCACAUCCAAGUGUUUUCUUGUAAUUUGGAAAACUCAACUGGAUUAUUUAGAGUAUUUAGUUAAUGGUAACUAACUAAAAACUGUAUUUUCUUCUAUUUUAUGUGUACAAAUUCUAAAGAAACAUUGUCACCAUUAAAUAACGUGAAACAUAUAGGAGAUACUAUACAUUUUAUGUUACCAGUACAAGAAAAUAGCUGGUGGUGCACUGCCUCCUCCCUUCAUUUUCUCUGUUUCCUGUGUAACUAAUCAACAGCUCAUGUGUUAAUAGUGUAGAUGACAAUGGCUUAAAGAUUUAUAAAAUGGUGCUCCAAAAAACUGCUUUCAGAUUUUGAGCCUGGAGUUAUUUUAAGAUGGCAGAAGACCACUUUUGGCAGCCAUUAUCUUUAAGCCAACUAAUCUGGAUUUAAAUUAAAUAAAGUGAGUUAUCUACUGCAGUUAAGAUAUUAUCAGAACCUAACCUCAGAAAUCCCAAACUAUCCCUUUAAGCUUCUCCAAUGGGGGAAAAGUUUUAUCCAGUCAAGAGUAUCAAAACCGGCUGAGGGGUUUUUAAUAUGUAAAUGCAGUUAUAAAAGUUACAACAUAGAUUGUAUGUACAAGACUUGCUGUUGUCAUCAUGUUCUGUCUGUAAAACCAUUAUCACAAGUAUCCAAUAUUGUAAUUACUGAUGUUUGAAUUUCAAAAUGGACCUUUAAAACAUUUUUUAACUUUAACUAAUCAAUCCAGACCUUGCCCUAAAAUGAAAUAUCAUCUUUUUUCUGACACAAACCAAUGAUAGCUUGAAUUAAUUGUCAGCUUAGCAAGACCUCUCCUUUAGUGUGUUUUAUGUGAAGCACGCUGGAGGGCACAGCUUUAUUUACACCAUAUCAACUCAGGGUGCUACUCGCAGACUAAGAAAAAUGAUGUGCCCAUAUCAAUUCAAUUUUUAGCUUGUAAAUAUUUAUUUUCUGCAACUCCUCUUAGUCUUGAAGCGCCUUUUUGGAGAAUAGAAAGAAUGAUUCACUGUGCCUGUAAGCGAAAGAACACAGAAGGGUUAUAAUUCCCUUUAGUUAAUAAUAUGGACAAACAUACACACACAUCAGUUUUUAGUUUAUUCUGGCAAAACCUGAAGAUUUUACUUCUUCAGUUUGUCAAAUUUGGACUCAGUAUUUGCUGCCUUUUUAGCAUCAGCCUUUCUUUAGAGAGACAGAGUAUUUUUCUUUGACACCACACAACAGAGGGAGCAACGUGUGAUAAAAAUAUAACAAUGUACCAGUUGUUUUAAACAAGCAGCACGCCAGGAGAGCUUAUGUAACAGAUGUCUUACAUUCCAUUAAGCACAUGUAAAGGUGUAAGAUACCUCUUUAAGAAAAAUUAGAAAGAAUUUUUAAAGCCGCAAAUAGAAGUACCUCGGGUCAGAAAUUUACAUACACUCAUUUGGGGAUGAAUGCUAUGUUAAUUCGAGCUUUGCAGUGAUGCCUUUCAGCUUUUUUUUAGGAUGUCAUAAUCAUCACAUUAAAUAUUUUUAAAAAUCAGGUGCAUAUAUUGAAUUUAUUGUGGAUUUUCUCCAAUCUACACAGGAAUUUAAAUACAGGUUAAAAUAUCCACAUACAUCUCCCUGAAAUUAAGCUAAUUGCUCCUUUAGCGAGAUGUACACAUGUAUCCACCAAACACCUUUAGAAAUAAUGACAGUUGAAUGAUUGACUUCCCAGCAUAGUAGUUAAAUCUUAAGUAAACUUGAGGGCAAGGAUUUCAAAAAGCCAAAUUUAAGAUUAGCUUGCUUUAUGCAGUCUACAACUAGUUUUGAGGUGCACUUGGGAUUAUUUAACUGUUGGAUGUUAUUGUGUCCAGAUUUAAACUGCCUGGUUGUUCAUUUGGGAUGAAGUUGAAGAAUUCAGCAGUAAUCCUAAAAGGGGGUAUCAACAUCAUGCGUUAUACGUGGUGUAGUGUUUUGAAGGUUCGGACGCCUCAGCAUGACUCUUCAAAACAUCUUUGUUUCAUUUAAACAUAAAUUAAAUUCCAGAAGAAGGCGUCCAUUUUGGCGAACGUUCUUCUUUCUCCUCACAGUCUGUGGAAAUGUGAUCAGAGUUCCAGCAAUUUCCAUUUCAUGGCAGACCUUAGUAUUGGUGGUUCCUUAAAAUUUUAACCAAUUUCUUUUCACAUAAAAGUGAAUGUUUGGUUCCAGAAGAUGGCAUAUCUUAACAAAUUGCACUUAGGUACAGUUAUUUGAAUCGAUAAUCUUAAAAUCUUUGGUUGUUCAGAGGAUCUAGAAUCUUUCCUUUGGACUUUCCCGUUGAUCUGAGUGUUGAAGUUAUGUAAUUAUUCCAUUGUGGACAGACAGUAAAGCAUAUUAUUUUAAACCCCUGAAUGCGUUCAUGGUUAUGCUGAGUGUAUGUAAAUGUCUGACUGCAACCAACAGUUGCAUAUUUAGGAAGCCGCAAGCUUGACUAGGGCUCAUUUUAACAGCAGGUUUUGCCUUUGUUUUGUUAUUUCUAUAACUAUUUGUUAAAGGAAAAAUUGUUUUGCCCCUAGUGUGUUAUUUUUCAUACUAUAUUGUGAUAGAUUUGUAUGUUUUUUUUUUUCUUUCUGAGACCUGCCUUUGUAUUUAUCCAGCAGGUCAGUAGAGAAAACAUAUUUGACAAUCAAACUUGUCAGUCUUUCAAUAGAACAGUUUGCAUUGCAGCAAAUAAAGAGAAAAUGUUUAGACUUUAACAAAAAAAAAACUACAUAUUUUGUGCAUUUGUAUUAAUUUGGUUGGAAUAAUAAAUGCUGUUUGUUGUUUAAUAAUAAACUGUAUGUAAUGUAUAAGAAAAACAAUGUGUCAUUUUACAUUGAUGUUUGCCCAAGAAAUAUUUAAAAUCAGGCAUUUUUCUGUCUCCAGUUAAAGUCACACUUAGUUUUAAUUUGAUGGAUAAAUUAUGCCUAUUAAUUUAUCACCAGUAUAUUGCAAUAUACUUAUUCGAAUUACAGCAUCAACAGUUUGAAAUGCAUCUCAAUCUGCUUUCUGUGUAGUUUUUAAAUAGAAAAAGCUGCAUGAGAUCAUUACUGAAUGGGAGCUUGUAGUCUAAAGUCCAGAGAUAAGUAGAAAUAAGUGACAUUUUAUAGUAACUCAAACACAAUACCACCAUGUUCCCUUUAAAUUAAUUACAUUUAUUUGUAAAGUUUCCACCUCUGAUGAAGACUCUCCACUGCCAGAAGCACACAGCAGUGGUGCUUAUGCAAUUAACAGCUCAACAAACCACUUUAGAUCAUUAAGGGAUGCAUCUCAAUGGAGCACAUAGUAAGUAACUUCAUGGUCUGCAUUGCAAUUAAAGUUGGAUUUUUUUUUUUCUGUGAGCAAACACAUUGAAAUAUUCUUAAUAUGUAACACACUGGAGUCACUCUAACACAGGCGUGCCUUCAGUACCUGCAUCAUCCUUCUACUCUACAGACUCUUAAUUUGAAGAAAAUGGACAUCAUCAUACCAGUGUCAGUGUUUUAUAUGUUUAAACUACAUUACUGCCUGAUAUUUAAAGAAUUUAAGCCCAAUUCACACCUACAAAUCAAAAAUAUGCAGAAAAUGAAAAAGCCCCACAAGAGGCUCUCAUAAUGGUGACAGAAGCAUUCUCACUCUCCCUCUUUAUACAACGUAUGUACACAUUUUGUUUUCCAAAUCAUUACAGAACAGAAAAACGGAGCAUUUAGCUAUGAAAGAAUAGAAAAAGCAAAACACUAAAAUAUUUCACUUUCUUUAGAAAAUGAAAGUAAAACAAAUGGUUCAUGGUGCCAACUUAAUCACUGGAACCCUCACUGAUUUUCAAGGCGCCACUCAGAAGAUAAUGGAUCAACAGUGAAACAAUAUGAUAUACAUAUAUAU